AUGCAGAUCAAAGUACGCACUUUGACCGGCAAGGAAAUCGAGCUUGACAUCGAAGCCGACUACAAGGUCUCGAGGAUAAAGGAGCGCGUGGAGGAGAAGGAGGGAAUUCCACCAGCACAACAGAGGUUGAUCUACGGGGGGAAACAAAUGGCAGACGACAAGACUGCGGCUGACUAUCAGCUCGAGGGCGGUGCUACGCUGCAUUUGGUCCUUGCGCUGAGAGGUGGAUGCUAA